GCUCCAUAUCAAUGGCGGCACCUGCAGCUCCAUUGGCAUCCUUCUCCAUCUCCACCUCCUCCCCUUCUCGCCCUCUCUUCUCCAUCUCCUCUUCUCCUUCUCCUCCUCGUCCUUCUCUCCUACGCCGCCGCUCCUCUCCCUCGCCGGUCACCGCCUCUCCGAGUUGCGGCUCCCUCUUCUCCAGUCGCUGAUGCUCAAGAGUCCAUCCAGAUCGAGGAUUUCUCGUUGGAGAGCUCUUCGUCGGAGGUUUUUUCAUGGAGGGAUCAUUGGUACCCAGUUUCCCUUAUAGAGGACCUCGAUCCCAAGCGCCCCACUCCGUUCCAGCUCCUCAACCGCGACAUCGUCCUCUGGAAAGACCCCAACUCCGGUGAAUGGGUUGCUGUCGAUGACCGCUGCCCUCAUCGUCUUGCCCCGCUUUCGGAGGGGAGGAUCGAUGAGGACGGGUGCUUGCAGUGCUCGUAUCAUGGGUGGUCGUUUGAUCGCACGGGGGCGUGCACGCGGAUCCCUCAGGCGGCGCAGGAAGGGCCGGAAGCGAACGCUGCCCGAUCGAAGAGAGCUUGUGUUGCUAGAUUUCCAACCCUAGUUUCUCAGGGCUUGUUGUUUGUUUGGCCUGAUGAGAAUGGGUGGGAAAAGGCUGCUGCUUGCAAGCCUCCAAUGUUGCCAGAUGACUUUGCUGAUCCCUCAUUCUCAACAGUGACUAUUCAGAGAGAUUUAUACUAUGGAUAUGAUACUCUAAUGGAGAAUGUUUCCGAUCCUUCACAUAUUGACUUUGCACACCAUAAGGUGACUGGAAGAAGGGAUAGGGCUAAGCCAUUGCCAUUCAAGAUGGAAUCGAGUGGUGUUUCUGGAUUUGCUGCAUCAUCUGAUGCUAAUCCUCGUAUUAGUGCUGAAUUUGUGGCUCCUUGUUAUUAUAUCAAUAAGAUUGAGAUAGACACAAAAUUGCCAAUUUUUGGAGACCAGAAAUGGGUUAUAUGGAUAUGCUCUUUCAACAUACCAAUGGCUCCUGGGAAGACUCGCUCCAUUGUUUGUAGUGCGCGAAACUUUUUUCAAUUCACCAUGCCUGGACCUGCAUGGUGGCAGAUUAUCCCCCGUUGGCAUGAACAUUGGACUUCAAACAAAGUCUAUGAUGGUGACAUGAUAGUCCUUAAAGGGCAGGAAAAAAUAUUUCUUUCUGAAACCUUGCAGGGUUCUGCUGAUGUCAAUCAGCAGUACACAAAAAUCACAUUCACUCCAACUCAGGCUGAUCGCUUGGUUCUUGCAUUUCGCAACUGGCUAAGAAGACACGGAAAGAGCCAACCUGAAUGGUUUGGCUCCACCAGCCAACUACCUUUGCCAUCCACCAUUUUAUCUAAACAACAGAUGCUUGAUAGAUAUGAACAACACACACUCAAGUGCUCAUCAUGCAAAGGAGCAUAUGAGGGAUUCCAAAAUCUGCAGAAAGUACUAAUUGCUUGUGCUGUGCUCUUCUGCGCAACGACCGGAAUCCCUUCGGAAAUCCAGCUUCGGCUUCUCCUUGGAGCGGCUGCGAUCGUAAGCGCAUCUCUGGUCUACCUGUUACAUGAACUUAAGAAGAACUUCGUCUUUGUAGACUAUGUUCAUGCAGAGAUUGAUUGAUUGAUUGGUGUAUUUAUAUGUAACUUUAGAUCAAAUAGUUGUACCAUAUGGAAUGUUUAAUAGUCAAAUUAAUGUUGUUGUAUAUCAUCAA